AAAAGAUAUGAUGACAACAGAGAUAUGACAGCACUGAGUAUAGCUAGCUAUAAAUCGAAGAACUAGAAUAAUUGACAGACUGCAGUAACAUCCGGUGUCACUUUUGAAGUCGACUUAUCUUUUAGCAUUCUCCAUUUAUACCAUACUUAAAACUCACACUUGCUUACAAAUAACAGUUAUUUUACUUAUGGAAAUUGUUUUUUUAACAGCUUCAAACUAACUAGUUAGAUUUGAUUUCGUUAUUUUACGAGGGUACAGUACUGUGCUUUUACUUUGAAAGGGCGGUUUCACAGCCAAUGUCACUCGUGCUAAAGCUAACUGCUCUGUUCAGCAUCAACCAUUAGCUCGCUUGAGCAGCUCUAGUGUAAGUCUCCACCAUUUGAAACCUAAUAACUUAUGAUUCGGAGAAGAAAUUGCGGUACUGCUGAAACUAUUAGUCAACUUCACGGUACCUUCAUGGAGCCUUCAGGGCCACUGGGCCGAGCCGACGCAGACCUCGUAGAGCUGGAGCCUGACGAAGAGCUCCUGUGCUCCGUGAGCGACAUCACUGAGCACCUCGGGAGGAACAUCAGCAUGGUGCUGGAAACCGCACUAUCCGAGAUCCGGAAGAUGGUGAGCAUCCGAAUACGAGUCUUAAAAAUUGAGCUCCGUGAGAAGAGCCAGGAGAUCGAAGUGUUGAAGGCGAGACUGGACGGAGUCCAGAAGGACAGCAGGGAGUGUUUUCCCGGCGCUGCUCAGCCAGGCACGGAGACAGGCUUCAAGAAGGCGGACUUCAACAAACAAAACAACACCGACACCAGGAGAGCCAAAGGUGUCAUGUCCGGCAUUAAGAAGGAGAACAUCAAUGCAAUUUGUGACUAUUUGAUGAAGGACAAAAACUCCAGGGGCAGUGGUGAUAUCGAUGGAGAGCAGAGUAGCCAUAGCAGCGGAGGGAGGGAGGCUCGUCUGGAGCAAGAGUCCUCACAGUCGCUACACUUGUGGCCUGACGGCGGUAUGACCAGCGUCGGCUCCGGACACGAUGAGUCCUCGCAGGCCGCUACGGAUGACCUCUUCAGUAUGAUCCCCUCCAGCAGCAAACGCAUGUAUGAGUAUGAGUGGAUAGCGCCAAUGGAGUAUUCUGCAGAACUGAAAGUGAUGAAGGACUCUGUGUGUGAAACCACUCUGCCCAGUGAUGCUGACACCGAUGAGGACGACGACUUAUUGAGAAGGGAAGGCACCGGCCUUGACCAGGUCCAAGUUUCACUGGCAUAUCACGUCCAGCCCCCCGAGUUUGCCAUGGAUCCGCAGAACAUUUCGAUGGCGGACGUAAGCCCCACUAAAGUCAAAUCAGAAGGAUCUGAAACAGGUCAGAAUUUCACAGGAAAAUCCAACAUUUGCUCCAUUUGUGGAACCCUAUGCCCUGACUCUUUGUUCUUGGAAGAACAUAUUAAAUUGAUGCACACGGACUCGGCUCAGGUGCUGCAGGCCUUACAAUCCACCGCGCCCUCUUCCUCUUCCUCUUCCUCCUCCACACUGACCUCGAUCUGCAACAGCGGCGCUGAGUCCAGAAAAGACACUCAAGUGCAAAAUGUCGAUGCUUCCAAGUCAGGCGAUGCUGCAGGCCUCGCCCAGGAAGGAAGCCAUGUGAAAAAGGAGAUCAAGUUGGAGGGAGGUUACGAGUGUGGCGACUGUGGCCGCCAUUUUAACUACCUUGGUAACCUGCGACAGCACCAGCGUAUCCACACCGGCGAGAAGCCCUUUAUGUGCCCCGAAUGUGGCGAGAGAUUCCGCCACGCGGCGCGCUUAAAGAAUCACAGACUGAUACAUAGCGGAGCCGAGAGUCCCUACCCCUGUCCUCAGUGUGGCAAGGGGUUCUCCGUGCUCUCCGGACUCAAGAGACACCAGAGGGUGCACACCGGUGAGAGUCCCUACGCUUGUCCUCAGUGCGGCAGGCGUUUCAAGGAGCUCGGAAACCUUUACACUCACCAGAGGAUCCACAGCGGGGCCACGCCUUAUUGCUGCCAGAAUUGUGGGCGGAGCUUUCGACACCUGGGAACAUUCAAAAGCCAUCGGUGCACACCCGCCCUUUAACAGACAAUGGCAGUGACUUUGAAAGGAAAUGGCUCUGACGUUUUUUACUGGUAGUCUGGUAGCGUGAUGAGGCUACAUCUGUGUUGAUCUGUUUCGAUGACGUUGUUCGAUUCAAAAAAAAAA